UAAUGGGCAUCGGAUUUAAUUCAAUUUUUCAUAUUACUGAUGUCUGUUCCAUUAUUUCUGGGUCAUCUUAUGUUCUUAUCGAUCCUCACGCACGUGGUUAUUGUAACUUACCACCAGGUCAAAGAGGUUUCAAAGCUGAUUUUGUGGAACAUGACUUAGUCAAUAAGUACCCUGAUCAAUUUAUGCCCUUCUCAGCAGCUUCGAACAAUUCCCUCGAUGGGUUUUAUAAUGGAACAAUGUUUCGAUAUUCUCUUAGAACGGAUGCAGGUGCUGCUGAAUCAGAAAUUUCUAAUAAAGCAUAUCAAAUUAAUCAAAUGGAAGAAUUAUUCAAGACUUUUUAUCAUGUUGACAAUAUUACUUGUCUCAUAUUCUUGAAAUAUAUUGAAAAGAUAUCAUUCUACGAGCUCAAAAAAGGAUGUACUAUUCCUGAACUUUUAUAUCAAAUUGAUAUUACUAAUGCUAAAGAAAUUUCAAAUAAGAGAAAGUUAUUAGCUAACAAUAUAAUGUCCAUGAUAACUUCUCCCUUAACUUCUGGAACUUUUGAAACUAUUUACAAAAUGAAUUUUUGUCAAAGUUCUGCUCAAGGUAAUAUUAAAAGUGAAUGGCUAAUCAUCAAUUAUAUUGCUGAUGUCAAUGAUGAACAUUAUAUCAAAUUUAAGAAUUAUGUUCGUGAUUGCAAGUUUGUACCAAAUGUUGGUUUAGCUGCACGAAUAGAUGAUGUUUCAAAGAAUAUGGGAAAGCUUUAUUGUUUUUUACCUUUACCUGGAAAUAAAGAUGAUUUUUCU